CAACAAUAAAAUGCAAUGAAUUUCACAAAGAGGUUGUCAUUAUAAAGUCCUAUCUCUCCUUCUUCCCUUACCUUCUCUUGUGUAAAGUCCUCAAAGCCUUUCAAAAAUGGAAGAUGUGAUUCAUUUACAAACCCAAUUGCUUCACUACAAAGUCUCACUCUUCAAAGAGGGAUACUUGAAUGAUCAAUUUAAAGAGCUUGAGAGUCUGGAAGAUGAAAGCAAUCCAAAGUUUGUAGAGGAAGUGGUUGCUAUUUUCUUUGAAGAUUCUCAUAGACUUAUCAAUGAACUUACUAAAGCACUUGAGCAGAAGUGUAUUGAUUUCAAGAAAGUUGAUGCUUAUGUUCACCAGUUGAAAGGCAGCAGCUCAAGCAUUGGAGCAAACAAAGUGCAGAUGGCUUGCAUUGCUUUUCGCAACUACUGUCAUGAUAUGAACAUUCAAGGGUGCCUAAAAUGUUUACAACAUGUGAAGGAGGAAUUUGCUUUAGUCAAGAACAAGUUGGAGACUCUCUUUAAGGUAGAGAAAGAGUUUUUGGAUGCCAAUGCCUCAAAUCCAAUUAUAUGAAACAAAAAUAACCAACCAAAACACAAUAAAUAAUAUUUUAAGUUAAUUCUAUGGUAUUUUAGAGAGAUUUGUAAAUAUAUAUCAUAUUCUAAUUGAUCUCUAUUUUUCUA